GAGUCAAGAAAACGCCAACAAAUGGCGUUAAUUCACAUUUAUUAAGCAAAGAGAAACUCCGUGUUAGUUCAUACUCGUGAGCAGGAAAGUAACUAGUGGAGGUAGCUAGGUAGGCUAAUGUUUAGCUUUAAUCAGAGGAGGUGCGCACUUUUCCGCAACAGUUCAGAUGGCUGUACGCUGGCUUUGCAGCCUGUUUGGGAAGCCCUUUGAUGGUGGGAAAAGGAUGGACCAUGGCGGUCCACAGCAGCAGCAACACCAUCCAAUGGAGCAGCAGCAUCAGCCGUACAAUCCGCAGCACCCUGCGAUGAUGCGGCUGUAUGAGGUCCAGAAGGAGGUGGCGUCUCUGGGGCCUCAGGUCUGCACCUUCAGUGGCCUGCAGAACGACCGCGACUACAAGCGUCUGGAGAGAGAGCUGACCCGGCUGCUGCUGGAGGUGGACCAGGUAGACACGGAGGGCAAACCGGAGCUGCAGGGGGCACGAAAGAGGGCAGCGCAGGAGGUGGAGGGCCUCCUGCGGUACCUGGAGGAGAAUGCCACUCAUCCAUCCCGUGUGGCCAUUGAGCAGCUGAGCAACGAGGCACGGCAGCUGGUGGACGAACGCGUGGUGGCGCCUCAACGUGCCGGCGGGGUGGCUGAAAUAAACGACGAGCUGGUGGACGCCCUGCAGGAGCUCGUGCUGAGGCUCACCCAGGUCAAGACCGAAGGCAGGGUGCCGCUGCGCAAAGCACGUUACCGGGCGCUCACGCGCUUGUGUGCAGUACAGGACGUGAUCGAGGGGCGCACGCAGCAGCAGACCCUCUCCCUGCCGCUGUCCGGAGACACCCAUGAGGCCGUGCACUGCAUCAACCAGGUGAUGGUGAAGGUGAGCGUGGCCCGCAGUCAACUGGUGGCCCUGCUGAUGGGCCUGAGCGGGAGGGACAGCUGCGCCCACCUGUCACGCAUCCUGACGGAGAUGCAGGUAGAGCUGGACGCGCUGGAUGUUUCCGGGAACGCAGCGAUCAGAAAUUACAGGAAACAGGUUGUGGAGGAGAUAAACGGGCUGCUGAAACAUCUGGACCUGGAGGGGGAGGGAGACGACACGCGCAGGUAUGAUUUGGCACAAAACAACUCCAUACGUGAGAUCGAGGCUGUGCGAGCUCACGUGUCACACCUGCGAGAGGGCAUCCUGCGACACUGCGCCAUGGGCGACCUCGGCUUCAGACCCAAAGCUGAGCUGCAAGGCAUGCUCACGCACCUGGACCAGGUGGACACGGCCAAGAACCCGUGCAUCAGAGAGGCUCGCCGCCGCGCCGUGGUGGAGGUCCAAGCUGUCAUCACCUUCCUGGACCUCCGUGAGGCCCUUGCCCGCCGCCAGCCAGGCCCCAACGAGCACCCGUCACACCGGGCCGUGUGGCUGGUCCUAGGCAGCCUCUCGGACCUCCAGGCCCAGGUGCUGGGCUUUGACGGCAAGCGGGUCGACAAGAGCUACAUGAUGCUGGAGGAGCUACUGACCAAGCAGCUGUUGGCGCUGGACGCCGUGGACCCGCUGGGCGACGAGACGACCAAGGUGGCGCGGAAGCAGGCGGUGAAGUUCGCCCAGAACAUUCUCAACUACCUGGACAUGAAGACAGACGAGUGGGAGUAUUGAUUCAAUAAAAAACACAGUGUGGGAGACGUGGGCUGGGACGUCGCUGCAGGAAGCUGAUAAUGUGUGUAAAUAAAAAAAAACGGUACGUUAUCAUUCCACGGGCUGUAAAUAUUGACUCAAAUCCCCAGAAUGCACUGCAGCAGCGCUUUUCUUUGGUCUCUUUGUGGUAGUCGUGGCUGACCCCGCUGAGAAGUCAACAACACAGAACUCCUUUUGUGAAACACACUUUCAAAAACAAUUUUUUUUUGUGCUUUUUGAAGAUUUUCUUUUUAAAAUCUCCAAUAUAUAUAUGUGUG